AUGAUGGAAGAGAUCAGGACGGGCAAGUUCAACCCAGAGGAGUCUCGAGGCAAUCGACUGCUGUCGCAUUUGGAGGUGGACGGAUUAGGAGGUGGCAAGCUGCUGACGGAGCCAGUUGUAGCAACAGGCUUCAAUGAUGAGGACCCAACAGAGGCGGUGUCGCAGUCUGGAGGUCAGGACCUUGAUGCGUCCCACGAGGUGGGAUUCCCCUACUUGCCGCCAGUGUUUCAAAUCGACGCUAGUGGCUUCAGCGAGGGCUUGAAGAGCAAGGCUAUACCUCGGCGAAGCAUGGCACUGGUGGACAGCAAAGCCGCUUUCUCGCAAAGAUGCGAUGAAGUGGAUCCGAGUGGGGCGCUGAAGCAGGCCCUCGACAGAGAAGGUUUGUCCACGUUCUCCCAAAUGGCCUUCGCAGCUGGGACGCCCAACAAUCCGGUCAGUGACGAAGCGUUUGAGGUGUUGGCCCAGACUGUGUUCGGAGAUGGUGCUACCUUGGGGCAAACGGCAAACUUGAAAAGGUUGCAGUUUGAAGCAUGCACCAUAGUGAUAGCCGAUGUGAAGGCCAAAGUUUCGGUGAGCGGCAGCGCUGAGCCGGCAAGGCUUCCUGCGGCCGAGAAAGCAGCCAGACUGGCCGAUCAGAAGAAGAGGCUCCUGGGAGUCCCCAUCCAAGGAAACCUGGAACCCGCGCAUAGCCUGCUGGAUUUGGUGGCGGCAAUGGCUGAAACCAAUGUUGUGGUUUACAUCGCGCCUGAGAAGUGUGGCGUAAGGAUGGACGAAAUUGCCCAGAUCACCAAGCCACAGAAGGCAGUCAUUGCAGUUGAGAGUUCUUCGUUGAAGGUCAACACGCCUGACACCCACACAGAUGCGGAUUUGGGUUCAGAGCUGAAGCUGCAGUGGGCGCUGCAAAGGUACAACCCGAGAAUCACUAUGCAUUUGCUGCCGUUACCCUCUGCAGUGGCCAAAGUGGCCACAGCACCUCCGCCCAAGGAGGCAAGUGGAGGCAAGGUAGCCACCAGGCCGAGGUGCCCGGAGCUGCUGAUCGGGUGUGAGCUAAAGACCAAAGACGGCAAACCAGUUUGCUACGGGUUCAACCUUGAGUCAGGCUGGGAGGAAGCUGACUUGUCGGCGCAGUGGGAUCAUGGCCUCAUUUGGAGGCAGUCGCAGUGGACCAUCAGAAGCAACGAGCUGAAGGACAGGCCGGACGGUUUGGACGGGCUGAGAGGAGCCUUAGAUCCCAAGGACAUGUUGAGUCAGCUGCAGGCCCAUGAGCAAAACUCCAGCAACCGCAUACUGCUGGGCGGCAUGCCAAGAGGACGCAAAUUGCGCCCCUUCGUGUCGGAAUUUGGUCAGUAUUUGACGGUUUUGGGGCCGGUUCAAGACGUGGACUCUUUGAAGCACUUCUUGCAGCUGAAGCCUAAGGGCAGCAAGAUAACACGCAGACAAAUUUGCACAUGGGGGGAGGCACGGGUCUGCGCUCAACAAUUUCAGUGGGCCAUUUUGCCACCUAUGCCAACAGCAGAGGCAGGUUUGGUGGAAAAAGCGGUUGUGGGAAUACCGAGAAGCCCUGAAGAAUUUGUCAAAGCAGCGGUCGCAGCAGGCCAUCCGAGAGACAUUGCGGUUUUCCUACAGAAGGAGACAAAAGCAGCCGUCAUAGCCAACAGAGACCUCACAGCGGUGGACAUCAUCAGGAGGCGCAUUGAGUUCAUUAAGCACUGGCUUGGCAGAAGGAGUGCGUUGGAGGAGGAAGAAAAGAAACUGCAUGCAGCGAUGCCUGAAUAUGUGCGAGUGGUCCUCAAGGGCAAGAACAUCUUGCUUAUGGGCGAAAUGUUGAGAGACCUGGGUUACCCAGAUGUUAUGCUGCAGCAACACGUGGCGGAGGGCUUCAAAUUAACUGGAUGGCUUCCGGAGACGGGGUACUUUCAGAAAAGGGUACGACGUCCUGAGCUGAGAGUUGAGCAAGCCUUGCAAAUGGCUAAAGGUGUGAAUCAUGGCAUAUUGAAGCAAAUGCGUGCAGAGGAGCUGACUGACUUGGACCGAGCCACCUGGGAGGAGACCUGCAAAGAAGUGGAGAAGGGCUGGAUUUUUGAGGACGUUGCUCCAAACCUGCACGGUGUCUUACUCGCCAAGAGAUUUGGGCUGCAACAAAAGGAAAAGGUGCGAGUCAUUGAUGACUACACCGUUGGGGGCUUGAACAAAACGUGCGGCUUGAAAGAAAAGCUGAGAGUGCAAGCCGUGGACGAGAUGGCCGCCAUGAUCGCGUAUUCUUUGGACACCUGCGAGGCGAGCACGCAUCCCAGAGUCCUGGGUCGCACCUACGAUUUGGAAGCGGCUUACAAGCAAUAUGCGGUACACCCAGCAGAUAGAGCGAUCUCGAGAUUAGUUGCGAAAGACACUGAGAGUGGUAAGCUUCGAUUUUUCGGGUCUAAUGCUCUCCCCUUUGGGGCAGUGGGAUCGGUGGCUGGUUUCCUCAGAGUUUCUUCGGGGUUGGCGUAUGCAGGACUGGCAGGGUUACAGUUGUUGUGGAGCAGUUUCUUUGACGACUAUACUUUGCUUUCUAGGGAAGAUGUCUGCAAAUCUGCGGGCUACGCAGCAGAGGCACUGUUCACCUUGUGGGGAGUUCGUUUUGCAAGGACAGGCAAGAAGUGUGUGGACUUUGCAGACACCUUCAAGACCCUGGGACUGAUGGUGGGUCUUGAGAACUUGGGUUUGGGCAUUUGCAGAAUUUUUCACACUCCUGACCGCAGGGAAGAACUGGCGGACGAGAUUGAAGACAUUUUGCAGAAGGGACAGUUGACAGCAAAGGAGGCGGAGAGGUUGCGUGGCCGCAUGGUUUGGUUCGAAAGUUUCGUCUGGGGUAGGCUUGCCAACUAUGCUCUGAAACAGAUCAGGAUGGCGUUUGAAGGCAGCAAGUCGAAAGUGGAAAUUGGACAGAACUUGGCCAGACACUUCAAGGAUCUCAGGGAGCGG